CAGACACAGUGGUUGUACAAUGAAUUGCAGAGUCCAGAAUUUGACUCCAGAAUUCGUUUGGCAGUAGUGUCUGCUCCAUUACAGUAACCUUACCCUGAGGCAGCUGUUUGCUGCCUUCAGCAGAAAUGGUUUUUAGAGAAAAGAAAGUGAAAGAAAAUCAAGUCACUCCGGAAAAGCCAGACACCAUCAGCAGAGGAAGAUGACUUGGCUGUGGGCCUAAGAGUCCAGCGGCCCGGAGACUCCAGCUCUCUCCCUGCCUCUGCCUCUAGGACCUUGAAUGCCAAUUUGCAGAGGAUUUCCAGUGCAGCAAGUUUCAUCUUCAGGGAGCCCAAGAGCCAGUCCUGCUUCCAGGGAGCACUUCCCCCAGGAGGAUGUCAGGAGACGAAGUGAGGUGGAAAGAUGUUCUUUCAAAUACAAAUACUCUAUCCUCAACCCAAACCAAAGAAGGUUUGAACCUUGUGUUAAUAAGUGGAGAUGUUUUGUAUAUCCAUGCCGAUGUCAUUGUCAACACUGUACCCGUGGAUCUUCGGCUUGGAGGAGGGCCACUCUCUCAGGCUAUUUUGCAGAAAGGUGGUCCAAUGCUCCAGAAAGAGUUAAAUGCCACCAAGCAGGAGACAGAAGAGGAAGUAGGUAGCAUAUUCAUGACAAGUGGCUGCAAUCUGGAUUGUAAAGCCGUAAUUCAUGUGGUGGCUCCAGAGUGGGAUAACAGAGCAGGAUCUUCUUUGCAGAUCAUGGCAAAUAUAAUCAAGAAAUGUUUGAUGACCACGGAAGAGUUAUCUUUCUCAUCAAUCACAUUUCCCAUGAUAGGAACAGGGAAUCUAGGAUUUCCCAAAGCUGUUUUCACUGAACUAAUCUUUUCAGAAGUGUUUAAAUUCAGUACCUUUGCAUGGCAGAAAACCUUACAAAAAGUUCACUUUCUGGUUCACCCAGAUGACAAUGAAGGCCAUCAGGCAUUUUUAAAAGAAUUCACUAAACGAUCAAACAAAAAUUUCAACAUGCAUAGUAUUCCACUGUUUGGAAAUACCCAAGGUAUUUUUAAAACCAUGUCUAACUCUAGGUUGAGAAUAUAUGAAAUGAAAAUUGGUGCAGUUACUCUCCAGGUUGCUACUGGAGACAUUACAGAAGAAAGGGCAGAUGUUAUUGUAAAUUCAACAACAAGGACAUUUAAUUUGAAAUCAGGAGUGUCAAAAGCGAUUUUAGAAAUUGCUGGACCAGAUGUGGAAAAUGAAUGUGCUGUACUAGCCACACAGUCUCAUGGAGAUUUUAUAAUUACACAAGGCGGAUACUUACAGUGCAAGAAAAUAAUUCAUGUUCUUGGACAAAAUGAUGUCAGGAGAACCAUUUCCAGUGUUUUAGGGGAAUGUGAGCAGAGGCGGUAUACCUCUGUUUCCCUGCCAUUCAUUGGAACAGGAAAUGCUGGAAAAAAUCCAAUCACAGUUGCUGAUGAUAUAAUCAAUGCUGUUGUAGAUUUCUCAUGGAAACAUUCCACCCCAUCAUUAAAAAAAGUUAAGGUUGUCAUAUUUCUAUCAGGGCUGUUACAUGUAUUCCUUGGCUGUAUGCAAAAAAGAAAAAGCUGCGUACCACCUGUCUUUCAAUCCUCGUUCUCCAAUACCGAAUAUAAGAUGCUCCAUAACAUUCCUGAGCAUUGGACUGACAUGAAUGAGGAGCUGUCCUGUGUGAUUCAGCUACAAGCUGGAGAGUCAGAAUACAACAAGGUGAAGGACAAGUUCUAUCAGACUUGUUUUUCCUACCACAUAGAGAAGAUUGAGAGAAUACAGAAUACCUUUCUCUGGCAGUCUUACCAGAUAAAGAAAAAGCACAUGGACAUCAAGAAUGGCCAUACAGAAAAUGAGAGACUCCUUUUCCAUGGCACAAAUGCAGAAUCAGUGCCACAUGUCAAUCAACUUGGCUUUAAUCGAAGCUAUGCUGGGAUGAAUGGUACAACCUAUGGAAAAGGCACCUAUUUUGCUGUUGAUGCCAGUUAUUCUGCUAAUGACAGAUACUCCAGACCAGACAUCAAUGGAAGAAAGCAUGUUUACAUUGUGCGAGUACUUACAGGAGCAUAUACACUGGGACAUGAUGGAUUAAUUACCCCUCCAUCCAAAAAUUCUUACAAUCCCACUGAUCUAUUUGAUUCUGUCACAGAUGAUAUGCAGGAUCCAAAGUUAUUUGUGACAUUUUUUGAUAAUCAAGCUUACCCUGAAUAUCUUAUAACUUUCAGGCAUUAAAAAUAGGGUUUUGUAAAUCUCAAAGAACAUAUAUAUAUAUUUUUAGUUUUUCUUUUUUUAAAAUUUUUUUUAUUUGUUAUUGGAUACAGACAGAGAGAAAUUGAGAGAGAAGGGGGAGAUAGAGAGGAAGAGAGACAGAGAAACACCUGCAGACCUGUUUCACUGCCUGUGAAGCAACUUCCCUGCAGGUGGGGAGCCGGGGGCUUGAACCAGGAUCCUAACCGGUCCUUGUGCUUUGUGACACGUGUGCUUAACCCGCUGUGCUACUGCCCGACUCCCUCAAAGAGCAUAUUUGCCAGAACAAUUUCCAGAGUCUUUAUAUUUGGCUUUGUUUUAACCUGUUUAAAUAAGUUUUAAAAACAUUUCCCUGGAAGGUGCUAAAAUGCUGAAAAGAGGCUUCUUAAUAUUGUAUGGUGGCAAUUUGUAGCACACCUCUCUUCUGAGCCUCCUGAUGGGUCUGAAGUUUGGAAAUGUAAAUUACACAAUUAUAGCCACAACUCUUUACAGACACCAAAUCUAUUCUCUAUAGGAGAAUAAAAAGCAUGUUGCUCUUUCCUACUGGGAAAGAGGUAAAAUGAAUCACUUUAAAGCCAAGAUGUCAUUGUUCUCAUUGGAAUGUGUUAAGACAUCAAACAGUGAGCUAAUACCACACUGUUUUAGACCAUCUGUAACAGCUGGGAUUUUGUUUCCUUAAGCACAAGUUGAUGAUAAUUCAACUAGAAUGACUGAAUCAAAGAAUAUUGCCUUGAAUCUGCUGUGGGACAUAUCAGGUAAACAUGUAUUAAUAUUGUUACCUAGUGCUACAUAAAAAAAUGAACAUCAAACUUAAUGGCUGAAUGGGGAAGGAAUGUAGCCAUGACUUAGUUGGCUUGUUCUGAGUUAGGGUAUCCUAUAAAUCUGUCGAGAUGUCAGCAGGGGUUAUAGUCAUAGAGAACAGCCUGAGGCUGGAGGAUGUCUUCUUCUCACACUGCUGGCACGUUUUUACCAGCUGUCAGCAGGAAUCUUCAGUUUCUUUCCAUAGACUUCUUGAAUGUCCUCAGUGAAAUAGUGGCAGUUUACUCCACAGUGAGCACUUGAAGAGAUAGCAAGGUAGAAGCUACAGUAUCUUUUAUAACCUACCCUUUGAUGUCAUACUCUACUUUUCCCCCUGAAACAUCCCAUUUGGUUGCAUGAGUCAGCAUGCUCAACAUGCAAGGGAAUUACACAAGAGUAUGGAUAUUAGUAGGCCAAGAUUGCUUCUGAUGUAUAAGUGACAAGUUGACAACUGUCAACAGUGAAAGUGAUACUCUACUUUUAUUGUUCCAUUUACUUUCUCUCUACAUUCUUCCGACUCCAAAGGUAAAAAGUUUUUUUUUUUUUUUUUUGCAUGACCACUCUGAGCACUCCUGAGUGAAAUAAUCUCUUUGUGAGAAAGCUGUGCUUUCUGGAAAGCUCCUGCUUGCACUGAGUUUGCACUAAGUUGAACAAUUUUCUUUAUCUGCUCCCUUCUGAUCACUGUUCUAUUUCUGGAGGAUGCAGGGCAGAAUUUUUCCCUUUGUACUUCACCUGAAGGUAGUACCUGAGAUUGAUCUCUUCUAUUAUGUUAAGGUUAGGUAAGUUCUUAAAAUAUUCAGUAAAAUCUUUAUCCUGAGGUAUCACUUUUAAAGAAUUGCAAAUAUUCGAGUGUUUAAAUUAUGGUAAAUAAAGCACAUGCACAUUUGAGGAAUAUAGGAAAGUAUUUAAAAAAAACUAUCUUAACAAACUGCAUUACCCAUAAUUGCAGUAUUUGGAGGAAUCUACUGGCAAUGUUCUUAGACAUUCUCUUCUAGUUUUUUCUCCAUCUGUCUUUGACAAAGUCAAAAUCAUAUUUUAUUCAGUUACUAGCUAUACAACAUUGUAUCCCCUAUUUUAUGUAAUACUACACGUGCUUCUAUAAUAUUAUUAAUUUUCCUGCAAACAUAAUCUUAAUGUCCGAAUUAUUUUGCUAUGUAUUUCCUCUUUUAUGUACAUGUAGUUAGAAUUUUUAAAAAGUCUUUACCGUUUUAAUAGCCUACUUUUUUUGAAGUAUAUCUCUAUCACUUCUCUAUGACAUUAAAUAGUAUAUAUAUAUAUAUAUAUAUACAUAUAUAAGGUUAAUGGUUGCGCAGUAUUUUAUUGUAUGUGUCUACAAAAUGUCAAAAUAGGGUGGUUAUAUUUCUAGACAAAUAUAUGGUUGGAAUAUGGUUGAGAUCAAAGAAAAUCUACUUACACCAAGACACAACACGUAUAUCCAAGAAGCAGUGACUGUCCAAAUUACAAGCGCACAUAUAUUUUUCUUUCUCUGUCUUCCUUCCUUCUUUCCUUCUUUCCUUCCUUCCUUCCUUCCUUCCUUCCUUCCUUCCUUACCUCCCUUAUUUAUUUCUUUUUCUCUCUCUUUCUUUCCUUCUUUAAUUGAGGGGGUUAAUACAUUACAGUGCCAUCAUUAUCACAUGCAUGUAAUUUUAUUAUGCACCUGGCCCCCACAGUUUUCUUUCACCCCUCCCUCCUGAGUUCCUUACUUUGAUGCAAUAUACCAUCCCAGUCUACUUUUCACUAUUUUUUUUCCUCCCUCCCUGUCCUUAGUUACUGGGUCCCCCUUAUAAGUGAGAUCAUUUGGUAUUUGUCCUUCUCUUUUUGGCUUAUCUCACUUAACACAGUAUCUUACAAUUUCAUCUAAGAUGGCACAAAGGAAAUGAUAUCAUCAUUUUUAAUAGCUGACUAGUAUUCCAUCAUGUAUAUAUACCACUUUUUUUUAGCCACUCAUCUGUCAUUGGAAAUCUGGGUUGCUCCCAAGUUUUGGUGAUUACAAAUUGUGAUGGUAUAAACAUAGGUAUACAUAGAUAUCUUCUGAUAGGUGUUUUUGUGUCCACUGGAUAAAUCCCCAGGAGAGAAAUUGCUGGAUUAUCAGAGAAAUGCAAAUAAAGACAACAAUGAGGUACUACUUUA